CUCGUCCCGUGUUUAUGUUGGGGUGUGUGUAGUGUGUGUGGUGUAUGUUGGUGUGUGUGUGUCUCAGUCUCCUCUACCGGACGGGUUUACUGCGUUUUUUGCGAUUCCGAUCCGCUGAAGCCCGCAUGGCCGCGGCAGCGCCCAACCCGGAGGAGUCGAACCGGAGCGGGACCGCAGGCGGGGUCGGCGGAGGAGGUUCCAGCUCGGCCACGGCGGCCGCGGCGGCGCUGUCUGGAGAUGGAGACUCGGAGGAGGCCGAGGAGUUCUCCUCCGCCACCCACUGCUCAGAGCUCUCCCGCCGGCAGAACGAGCAGAGGAAACUCGGCCUCUUCUGCGACGUGACGCUGGUGUUCAGCGGCGGCGGAGGAGACCUCGUCUCAGGUGGAGGAGGAGGUAGUAGUGCUGUGCCCCAUCACAGCUUUGAGCUGUGUGCCCACCGGUCUGUCCUGGCAGCAGCCACCGACUACUUCACCCCGCUGCUGGGUGGCCAGUUCUCCGAAUCAGUGUCCCGCCGGGUGGAGAUGAAAGAGUGGAGCAGUGAGCAGGGACCUGAGAGGGACACGGUGGAAAGUGUAGUGCAGUUCAUGUACACCGGAGAGAUCAGAGUCAGCACGGCCAACGUGCACGAAGUGCUGGAGCUAGCAGACAGGUUCCUGCUGGUGCAGCUGAAGGAAUUCUGCGGUGAGUUCCUGAAAAGAAAGCUGAGCCUGGCCAACUGCGUGGCUGUCCACAGCCUGGCACACAUGUACACUCUAGACCAGCUAGCCUUGCGGGCUGCCGACAUGAUCCGUCGCAACUUCCACAAGGUCAUCCAGGACGAGGAGUUUUACACUUUGCCGUUCCACCUGGUCCGGGACUGGCUGUCGGACGCCGAGAUCACAGUGGACUCGGAGGAGGUUCUGUUUGACGCCGUGGUGAAGUGGGUGCAGAAGAACGCAGAAGAGCGGGAGAAGUACUUUGAGGAGCUUUUCCGCCUCCUGAGGCUGCCACAGAUAAAGCCUACUUACUUGACGAGGGUAGUGAAGAACGAGCCACUGGUGGCACAGAACCCCGCCUGCCUUCAGCUAGUGUCUGAUGCAGUGGAAGGCCAUGCCAUCCGCUUUGAGAACCUCAAGUCAGCUGAUACAGAAUUCUGGGCAUCCUACAUGGCUGCCUUCCAGCCCAGGUUUGGCCAGAACAUGGAUGUCAUCAUGGUUGUUGGUGGCGUGUCCGAAGGAGGUGACUACCUGAGUGAGUGUGUGGGCUACUUUGUGUACGAGGAUCGUUGGGUCAAUCUUCCGCAUAUUCACAAUCACCUGGAUGGUCAUGCUAUUGCAGCCACCGAUUCACACGUAUACGUGGCAGGUUCCAUGGAACCAGGAUUUGCCAAGACGGUGGAGCGGUACAAUCCAAACCGUAAUACCUGGGAGCAAGUGAGCAACCUCACCACACGCAAGCACUCCUUUGGGCUUACUUGCAUCAAGAACAUCCUCUACAGCAUCGGCGGCCAUGGCAACUUCAGUCCCGGGUUCAAGGAUGUGAGUGUAUAUGAGCCAGAGCAGGACAAGUGGCAUAACCUGGAGUCUGCACCCAAGAUCCUGAGGGAUGUCAAAGCAAUCAGUGUGGAAGACCGCUACGUUUAUGUAACUGCACGGACCCCUGUGGACACGGACAAUGACGACGGCCUGAAGACGGUUACCACGCGUUACGACACCGACAGCCGGCAGUGGCAGGAAGUCGACUCCCUCCCUCUAAUCGACAACUACUGCCUCUUCCAGAUGGCCGUCGCUUCCACCAACUUCUACCACACGGCCUCCUGCUGCCCCAGGAGCUACGCCAACAUCCGUGACGAAGUGGCCCGACAGAAGAUUAGCGCCAGAAUCUCUGACGAUAUCCUCGAGAGCCUUCCGCCAGAGGUGACUAGCAUCGAGGGGGCUGCGAUCUGUUAUCUCGGCGAUGAUGUGUUUGUGAUUGGUGGCUGGAAGAAUAGUGACGACGUGGAUAAGCAGUACCGCAAAGAGGCUUACCGCUACUGUGCUGAGAGAAAGCGCUGGAUGCUCCUGCCCCCCAUGCCCCAGCCACGCUGCCGGGCAACUGCCUGCCAUGUCCGCAUUCCUUACCGCUUCCUGUAUGGCUGCCAGCGCUACCCAAUGCCCCAGAAUCUGGCGCGACAGCGGGACCGCAUGCAGCAAAUGCAGCAGCUACACCGACGCACGCUAACCUUGCGCCGGCAGCUGCAGUCCCAGAUCGAAUGCUAACAAUCCUCCAGGCCACCGAGGGGGUGAUGCCAAACGAGCUCCCGGAGAUGCCGAAAGCGCAAUGACAUUCCGCCACUGACAUGGCCCCAUAAGCUGUUCUUAUUUCAUUGUAUAUAUGUUCUUUGUAUGUUUUUUGGUCCAGUGUUUGCUUUAGAGGGCGGGAAGCGGCCAAGGAUUGUAAAAGAGAGUAUUUUGAAUGUGUAUAUUGGAAUCGUAUCAUAAUGUACAGAAAGGAAGUUGUCACUGCAUCUUCAAGUAUAUUGUUCAGUCGUACUUGUUUCCUUUCCUACUUGUGUUAACUGAAGCACUGCUUCAUGGCCUUGCUUACAUUUUGCCUUAAUUUUGCUGCUGGCAGUCAUGAGGCACUGCAAAAUAUCAUUCCGUCUAUGAACGUCUUUGAACGUGUCGUCCGGCACUGUGAAGGUGGCCUGUGAAAGCAGUCCAUUUGGAAACAAUUGGCUGUGUCUAUCAGGUCUAACCUGGUCUUAAUAUGGUCCACCAUGUGUUUGACAAUGAUGCAUGGUUUUGGUACAAUCUUGUUUCGAAUUUGGUGGAGGGAAUCUGGUUCCAUGCACCACACAAAGAAAGAAGCGAAUCUUUCAGAAGCUUUACCACAUCUGGGAUUAUUUCCUGUGCUUUGAAACAUUUUCCAGAUUCCAUUGACCUGCUAUCUGUCCAGGUGAUUUACUUUCCUUAAAAUCGAGGCUUUUGCUGUCAUCAGUCUACAGUUCAGUCAGUCGUGGCUUUGCUUGGUCAGUUUAGCGGAGCUGGGUGAAUGUUCUUUUGCAUGUUAAGUUUGAUGAUGCUACGUUACCAGUUUUGAAAAGUUGCUAGCUUUCUCCCUCUCUCCAGUGGUUGAGCUAGUAUGCAAAAGGGGAGGCAAUUAGCGAUUAGCCGCACAAGAAAAGAAUGCAUGAAAAAAAGUUUUACUUGCAUUAUGAGUUGGUGUGGUUAGGUUGUUCUUUUUGCUAUUGACACUUUCCUUUAUGUAGCAGUGUCUUGCACUUGAAUUGGCAUCUCCUGCAUUUUGGGGUGUUGUUGAGGUUUUGGUUGUUUGGGUUUCUCCUUGAUCUGUGGGCUCUGCACUAGUGGGAACAUCGCAAAGCACUUGUUUAGGGGGUCUUCCUCUUGUCUUUAAACUAUUGUUCAGUGAAUAAUCCAAUGUGCACAGUUUUUACCCAAAUGUAGUUGAUCAGCCAAGUAGGAUCAAAUAUUAGUUUCACUUGAGUAUUCGAUAAAAUUCGGAGCUCACCAACACUGCUGCCGUCGUUGUCGCUCUUGGGCUAAUGUAGCUAACAAGUAAUGAAAGUCUGUGAACCAAUUCUACCCUUUUCAAAACUUAUUUUAACAAGAAUUCCACAGCUUUGCCUCACCAUUUCCCCUCAGAGGAAUCCCUGAUGCCAUCUUAACUGUCAUACCAUUACUUUCUCAGCUCAAGUGAGUUUUACAAAAUGUUAGAGGAGUGAGGGAUUGAACAUAAGUGUUCCCGGGCAGCGUAACGUCCAGAUAUAAUUGCGAUCUGUCGCAUUUUUCCUUUUCAGUUCUGCACAAAUUGUAGAUGACUAAGAAUGAGGAAUCACAAUAAGUACUUUAAAAUAUCCAAUAUUUCAACUAUGACAUUCGAUUUGUUUCGAUAUGUUCAAACUGGGAUUAUGUGCCAGCUAUUGAACGUGGCUGACACGGCUUCAUUUUUGAAGACUGCAAGCUAAAAGCUACACAACUGGUGACAAGAAAAAGAAAGACAAUGCUUCAUGGUUCAAGCUUAUAACCAGACAAAGCAAUUGUUCACAAAAUGUAGGGCUGGUCCAAACAGAAUUUUACAGGCUUUGAACACUCUUUGGUAUUUCUGAAAAAGUAUUCAAAUAGUUGUUCUCAAAAUAACCCUAUUUAACAGUAUUUAUGUUUCAUAACUAAUCAUAAUUCUUAGCAUGUUUGUUUUUGCAGUUCAAAAUGUAUCCAGUAGGUGGCAACAGUGCAUUAACAGUCUUGCUGGUGCUGAGCUGCUCAUGUACCAUGUGAUGCUGUGCUAGAAUUCACUCAUUGAAAGACAGCUUUUAUGAGUCACCUCACUUGUAUAUUGUUUAUGAGUUCUUUUUUGCUUUUUAUCGAGUUAUUUGGCUAGCUCGCCAUUUUUAUGAUAGAAAGCUGCACUGAGGGCGGCACACAGGCCAAGCUGUGUUCGGUCAUAGCCUCUCGUUCCAUGGCGUCAGUGCCUGGAGCGGCUAGUUUGAGCAAACUGUGUAAAUUUGAUUGUUCACUGAACUUCCUUUAAUCAGUAAUAGUACAAGGACUUAAAGGGAAAAGUUGUUGUGUAAUUGUUUUAGCAGCAGUUGGGGAAGCUGACACACUUUCUUUCUUCUUUCUUUCUUUUGUCUACCUCAAGGCACAUGAAAUAAUAUUUGGACGUUUUGCAGUCCUUUAUCGAGCUCUACAUGUUAGACCUUUUUAAAGCAGAUAUUGCCAACAUUCUUAACUGUACAAUCCUGAUACUUCACUUCCUCAGUGAUGGGUCAUGUUUUCCCCCCAUUACAAACCACAUACAGAUGUGUAACAAACAUCAUUCCGUGUCUGUUAGUCAGACGUCUUCAGACUGUGACAGCUUACUGAGCUUCAUGUUAACCAGCUGAGAAAAUACCUCAUCCUGUUAUUAUCCUUUUCUGUAAUAUAACAUGUCGUGUUUUACUUGAUGAUCCAUUUAUAUUGUUUGUUUUCCCAGACCCAGAUCACAGGGGAAGUCCACUGAUUUUUAGAAAUUUCUGAAUGUUUCAGUUGUUGAGAUGUAAAUCUUUCAGAGUGGUUUGAUGUGAAAUGGUUCCUUGUAGAGAGAAAUACAGACUCAGAUUUCUUUACAGUGGUGUUGUGAUGUUUACAGCACAAAUAUAGCCAUUUAUUUAUUUUCCAAAAUGACCAGUGAACUUACACAUCUAAGUAUUUAUAUGAAAUGUUGAAAGUGGGGAGAAAAGUCUUUUUUUAGGCCUUACAACACUAUAAAAUACAUUUUAGGCCAAAAUCUUCUCUCAGAACAAUCAUAAAACAAUGUCUCGGGCCUUGAGCUGCAUAUUCAUAACCAUAUAGAGGUAUUAACCUCUUCGGAAGUCUGGCACCAACACUGAACAAUUCUGUCUCUGUACGUUUCUGUGGAACAGCGCAUUUCACACCAAACCACUCUGAAUGACUACAUCUUAGCUAUUUAAUUACACAGAAAUUUUUAACAAUUGUGGAAUUCUUCUGUAAGUCUAAGCCUGGUCUAACAGUGGGACCACAUUUUAGUCCAGGAUUAGGCUUAAUCCAUGUCUGGGGAAUUUGACUGUAUGUUUGUUACACAACACAAAGUCAAGAUGAACCACAAUCGUACAUUCCACAUUUCGCUCUUUGGCUGGUUUGUGUGAGCUUCUUCCUAAAGCCACUUAGUAGCUCUAUUUACACUUUAUUUCAUUCCUACUUUGCUUUCGGUUUUAUUUCAGACAUUGUUUUUUUAAGUAUGAAUAUCUUCAAAAGCACAUACUACACAUUUUGAGAACUUUAUUUCUCUGACUUGUCAUUUUCUUAGUAUUUUAUUUUUUAUUCCCAUAGAACUGCGUGUUGUUGUCUGGUUUUAAUGUGUACGAGUCAAUGGCUGUGACUUUGUGGAGCUUCUGAAUGAACCUCAGUCUGACUUUAAAGAGCAGCUGAACUCCUCGACCUUCUGAUGUUUGCCUGAAGAACUCAUUCCGCCGUCAAUCCGUGCAGAAGUCUUAUAUAUACACUUAUCUUUAACUGAACUGAUGCUGUUAUGCAGUGGUGUCAUGUGACUACAGUUCAUAGAAAUAGAAUUGUACAUUCAGUGCUGCCACCUAGAGGUCUAGUCCCAGUCCUACAUGGAGCCUUUCACAGUUCAGCUCCACCACCAAGCUUGUGGGGCAGAUACUGGGCAUAUAUUAGUCCGCUACGUCUAGUUUAUGCUUUUGAUUUACAUGCUAGAAACUGGAAUUUGUGUCCGUCUCCUGCUGAAGUGAGUGAGCCCAAAGAUAUUGAACUCCUUCAUUCCUUCCUGUGAGGAAAAUCGAGGUGUGUGUGAGUGUGUGAGUGGCUGAAAGUAUCAGAGGUGUAUAGAUGUAAAGAGAAAGGGAAUUGUCCCCCCCUCCCCACCCCUUUCUCCUUGCUUAAGCCCUUGUAAAGUAAUUUAAAGUCUUUAAAUGGCAUAUUAUUAUUAUAUAUUUUGCUUUGCAUGUAUUAUCAGGUUAUGCACAGCAAGAUGUGGAUUGCGAUGAUUUGCAAUAAAACACAUUUCUUAAAUUCA